GCCUCUUGCUUUACUGUUCCCCUCUACCGAGGUUAAAUAAUUCGUGAUUUACGCUCGAGUUACUUAUUUCUUACAGCAACAUGGUUUCCAUUAAAAUUUCUGCUGCCGGAAAGCCUGUCUCACUCGCGCGUGGACUGCCAUAUGCUGUCGACUUACCAGGAAAACAAGCAGAAGACGCGACAAUCGGGGAUGUAAAGGUCGCAUUGGCUGCAAAAUACCCCAAGUUUUAUCCAUCACGUCAAAAAAUCACCUUAAAAGAUGAUAAAAAGCUCCUUCCAGACGAAACUACACUGGCAAAUGCCGGACUGGUUGACGGUGGAGAAGUGUCUGUGAAGGACCUGGGACCUCAGGUUAGCUGGAGGACUGUAUUUGUGGUGGAAUAUGUUGGACCGCUUAUUAUCCACCCACUGGUAUACCAUCUCCCCAACAUUUUCUACGGUGGCCAAAUACAACACAGCUUGUUGCAAAAGUACAUCUACUCUUUUGUCCUUCUACAUUUCAUCAAGCGCGAGCUAGAGACCCUUUUCGUACAUCGGUUUUCACAUGGAACUAUGCCCUUCAGGAACAUCUUCAAAAACUCUGCGCAUUAUCAUCUUCUUAGCGGUAUUCUUUUGGCGUAUGCAAUCUACAGCCCAACCUAUGCAGCCACCUCUCCUUAUAUUCAAGGUACAUAUCGCGAAGAACCGAAAUUUCUCCAGAUGGGCGCGGCAAUUUGGCUGUUUGCCGAACUCUCUAACCUUACGACUCACAUUACCCUCCGAAACCUUCGUCCAGUGGGAACGCGCGAGCGUAAAAUUCCAUAUGGCUAUGGAUUCUCUUUCGUCUCGUGCCCAAACUACUUGUUCGAGUUUAUCGGAUGGCUUGUUGUGGCUGUCAUGACAGGAAGCUAUGCAGUAUGGAUAUUUUUGGCCGUUUCUACUUAUUAUAUGUAUAUGUGGGCCCUCAAGAAACACAGGACGUACAAGAGGGAGUUUGGAGAUAAGUAUCCACGAGGACGCAAGGCCAUGUUCCCAUUGCUUUUGUAGCGAUGUCCUGCUACUGCCAUAUUUCUUGUUACCACAUUCUUUAUACUGCACUAAAAGUGGUAAACCUCGAGUUGCUGGAAUAAAAGUUCCAUGCAAGCUGCACUAAUCUCGAUAGCUGGCGUUUACAACGGAUUUAUGGCCAUUAGGUACUAGGUAUUAUUAGUGUUUUCUUUCUUGGAACUUGAAUAAUAAAGUCUUGGGGCUAAAGGCUUAUGGACUACU